UCAUGUGACAGCGCGGCCCGGUGCCAGGAGCCCGGGGGGAAGGCGAGCGGGCGGAGGGCGGGAGCGGGCAGCUCCUCCUCGCACACAGACCCGGAGACACCGCCGAGGCGCCUGAGCCGCGGGGACGCGGGACACGCCGGCCUCGCGCCUCGGUCCCACCGGAGCGCUCCCGCUACUCACCGCGGCCCCCGGCGCUGCGGGAGCCGACGGAAUCGCGGCGCUCUCCGCACCGCCUGCCGAGCAAAUCCAGAUAAAAAGAAGUGUUUGGCUACACAGUUUUGAACAGAACCUCAGAGGCAUCAGAACAGGUGAAUAAAAAAAGAUGCUAAUGUUUGACCCAGUCCCUAUCAAGCAAGAAGCCAUGGAGCCUGUUUCAGUGUCAUACCCAUCCAAUUACAUGGACCAAAUGAAGCCAAACAAAUACGGCGUCAUUUAUUCUACACCAAGUAUGUUGCACAAUAAAUUCUAUUCCAACCCUGAAGGACUAUCAAAUGGAAUCCAGAUGGAGCCAGUGGACCUUACGGUAAAUAAAAGGAGCUCACCACCUUCAACUGGAAGUUCUCCUUCCCCACUAAAAUUUCAGACUGUGCACAGGAGAAGUUCACCUGGAUUGACUCUGUCCUCACCCAGCUCACCUCUCAGUAAAUUUACACCAUCUCCCCCAGGAGUACAGCCUCUCUCUAUGCCAAUAACAAUCCCACCUGUAAUGGCCGCUGCUCUUUCACGCCAUGGACUGAGAAGCCCUGGGAUACUCCCAGUUAUACAGCCUGUUGUGGUCCAGCCAGUUCCUUUCAUGUAUGCGCCCCAUCUCCAGCAGCCCAUCAUGGUGUCCACAGUUCUCGCGGAUGAGAUGGACACUCCAAGUAGCAUGCAAGUGCCUGUCAUUGAGUCUUAUGAGAAGCCCACACUGAAGAAAACAAUCAAAGUAGAACCAGGAAGUGAACCAUCAAAGACUGACUUCUAUCCUGAACAAAUGUCACCUCCAAUGAUGACCUCAUUGUCUCCUCAGCAAGUAAUGUUGCAAGAGAAUCACCCUUCAGUUAUAGUUCAGCCAGGAAAGAGACCUUUACCUGUGGAAUCUCCAGACACACAACGAAAACGCAGAAUACAUCGAUGUGAUUAUGAAGGCUGCAACAAAGUCUACACUAAAAGCUCCCACCUGAAAGCUCACCGAAGAACCCAUACAGGAGAAAAACCGUACAAAUGCACUUGGGAGGGAUGCACGUGGAAGUUUGCUCGUUCUGAUGAACUAACGCGGCAUUUCCGCAAGCACACAGGAAUCAAACCCUUCCAGUGUCCAGACUGUGACCGCAGCUUUUCACGUUCGGACCAUCUUGCUCUUCACAGGAAGCGCCACAUGCUAGUCUGAAUGUCUUCUGUCCCUGACUCCUGCCACACUUUUUUUUGUUUUUUACACAUGCAUUUUAUUUUGGAUUCAGCUGGUCUGGAUCUCUGAGUUUAUACCAUUAAAAGCUUACGUAUGGUCAGUAACAGAUGUUAUCUAACCCUUCUAUGUCCUUGCCACGGGUCAGACCUAAAGAAUGUGAACACUUCUUUUUUUUCUUCUGGGGAUGCUAAGCAAACCCUUUCUGUAUUCAAUAUGUUUAUUGUAUUUCAUUUGUGAAUAAGGGAAUUUUUAAACUAACAGCUUUUGUUGUUUUCUUCAUAUAAUCAACCCAGCAUAUACUGAUAAAAUAGUAAAUGUUAUUGAGUAUUCAAAAUGCUAGUCCUUGCCAGAGACUAUUAUUUAUGUGCCCCGUAAGGGAUGCACUCUUAUUUUAUGCUCAACAAUGCAAUGAAUGGACUCUCCCAGCUGUGUUGAUUUCUGCAAUGUGGUUCAUACAACAGGUUUAGAAAGACAUCUGAUUUAGAAAUCCCCUCUGCCCAAACAGUGAGUAAUACUGAGGAAAUAAAUCUAAACAGUGUAAUUACUUUACAGGAAUAUUGAGUCAUAGUAUCAUUUACCCUAGUCAAGAAGAAAAAUGGGCAGGAAUUGGUCCAUACAUAAUACCAUGCAUCUAAACCAAUGUCAUCUGUGUUACAGUGUAGUAUAUAUCCUUGUUUUUAUUGCAUAAUGCCCCAGUGGAUUUGUUAAAGGAAGACUUUGUGUGACUCUGUAUGUCUGGUUUCUGUGCAAGUGUAUGGAUGGAACGACUUGAAGCUGAGUCGGGGGUUUACCAUUAGGAAAUUCUUCACCUAGAGGGUGGUUGGGCAUUGGAACAGGCUUCCCAGGGAAGUGGUUACAGCACCAAGCCUGAGUUAAGCAUCUGGACAAUGCUUUCAGGCACAUGGUGUGACUUUUGGUGUGCCCUGUGCAGGGCCAGGAGUUGGACUCUGAUCCUGAUGGGUCCUUUCCAACUCAGCAUAUUCUAUAAUUCUGUGAUUCUAUGGUACUCUCCUGUGAUGUGGCAUUAAAUGGUAUUCAUGGAAAUAUACUGCACCUCAUUUCAGGGAUAUAGAUUAUCCCCCUGCAAUCAUGCCCCUGCAUUUCUUUUAAAUAAUUUUUUUCUUGCUGUACUUCAGAAAAAAGCGAUCAUUAAGUCAAAAAUGCUCUGAACUGUAUUGUUGUAUCACUGUAAUACACUACAAUAUUUUAAAUUAUUGAUCCACAAUAUUUUAAUGAGAAUAUAUUAAGUACUUCUGAUGAUAAAUUGAGUCAUAUAUCUGUUUUGGAUAAAAGCAUAUACCAAAUCAUCCAGUUCCUAACUCUGGCUUUUGACUUUGGUAGUCUCUCAAUGGUAGGUACAGCUGCUUCCCUGUGGACAUGUCUAUUGCAUUAAAACCAUGCCCAUUAGUGAACAAAACUCCAUAGCUAAAAGAAACUGAAUUCAAGCAACCUAGUUGCAAUUGCCCCUAGAAAUGUUCCUGUCUGGGAGCCCUCUGAAAGGAAGGUUGGUGUUUGUAUUAGCUGACAGACUUUGUGGCACUGCAAGGAAACAGGAUGUAUUUCUCACCACUUUCACACAUAAGUGCAUUUUCCUUCCUUGCCCUAUGUAAAGUAAGCACCAUUCCCUGUACAUUGAACAUUCUGAAGUUGGCUUUUCCUUUCUUUUGGAAAAACCCAGUGAACAAUGGAGGUGUGAGGGGAGGAAGAGUUUCAUAGAACUCUGCAGGAGACAGAGUUCUAUGAUGGACAGGUGGAGUGUCCAUCUGCAGGUGGGUAUAUUUUGAGCUUGUGGAGCAGAUAGGCUGUUCUUCUAUAACCAGUGGAGCCCAAUACCAAACAAUCUUGAAGAUGCAAGAGUAUGAGUGCAAAGAGCCUUUAUUUGGUGAUAGGACUUUACCAGCUGUUCUGUUUACAUCCACAUGCUUGCAGAAUUAGAGAAGGAGAGGUCUGUACUUCCUGUAGAAAAAUGCUCUGACAGCUAUUGUUCUAUUCCAGCUCCAUACAUCCUCCCCACCUCGGCAGGGCUGCAUCUUGUGUCUUGUAACUCUCCCUCACCUGCUCACCUUUGGUGCUGAAACACCUGGCACAUGAAUGGUUUUUUUUUCUUUCUUGGUGUUAGUGACAUUGAGAAACUUGUAGGAAAGAGACUAAUACUAAUGAGCAGCUGUUCCAGAAUGUGGACUUCCUGUUUUAUUUUAUUUUUUGUCAGUGGUAGCAGAACUAACUCUAGGUUUUAAUGGCAAUUUUGUAAAUCCAAGCACGGCACUGGCUGAGAGGCUGUGUGGAGGGAGCCCUGUGGCAUCAGUCACAAGUCUACAGACAUCUAGUACCCUGUGAUGAAAACAACCAGAUACUAUAAAAAUAAGCACCUUAAUGGCACUGGUCCCAUUUUUACCUUAAAAAAGCAAAUUUAUAAAAUUCAGAAUGUUAAAGGAACAUUUCUUUCUAAUGCUCUGUUUCAUUUCUGAGGCUUACAUAAAAUGUUUUCAUUAGUAUGUUUUCUAAUAUUUUUGAAUCAGUACCCCAAAAGCAGAACUUCUUUGUAAGUAAGAGUUACUUCAGAUAAUUUAGUCUAGGUUAUUUGCCAUGUUAAUUCAUUAGCUUAUGUACCUUUUUCCUGAAAGUAUUUAUGCUAAUGAUGGGGUCUAAUACAGUUGAGAUUGAGCAAAACUUUCAAAUUUCAUCCAUGUGUCUUGCAAAUUAGGACAACAGAAAUUUAAAUAUUAAAUAUAAGUAUUUGAAAUUAUUACAUGAUAAUGCCUUCCUUGUAGGAUUUUUCAGUUGUGUCUGUGGUGUCUUUGUGGGAUGUCUAAAAGGUCACAAACAAAUACACUUUUAGCUGAGUGUGAAUUUACAUCUUAACCAGCUCAUUGGUUCUAUUUAGCAAACUUUGAUUUGAGGGAUACCUUGCAAUUUUUAAAUGUACUCUAUUAAAUACUUUGCAGAACCAGUCAUUCCAUCUAUGCCCUAAAGAAAACCAAUUAAGAUAGAAGAUCCUAAUCCUGAAGAAUGAGUAUGUUUAAAACCUCCCCACCUAACAGUAUUGCACUGUGCAGUGCAUAACAGGUAAUGCUAUUUUACUAAAAUGUGCCUGUUUAGGCCAUUUGAUUAUAAUAAUACUAGUUUAUAAUACAAUUGCAAGAAACUAAGCAGGUAUUAAUGUGUGGGGUUUACUUAAACAUGCACAUGGCAUUCUGCAGUGAUACUUCUAAUGCCAUGUCUUGUUCGAAUAUGUUGUCUCUGCUCAAGGUUAGCAACAUACAGAUGAAUACAAAUCCUUUCUAAAAUAUUUACAAAGCAUUUUACAUCUCUUAAGAGAGCUACACCAUUUUUCAUUAUAUUUUACAGAUAUUAGCACUUAAUGUACUUUAGAAGGUCAAAAUAAUCUUUUUGCUUAGCAUCUCUCACCUGCAAAUAUAGCAAGGAUUUUUAUUUACUUUAAUACUUCUAUAAACUAUGCAGAAUUUUUAAAAUAAAAUGUAAUAUAUUUUAUAAGCUAAUAAGACAAAAUGGCUAAUUAAAGGUUUCUAGCGUGCAUUACUAUAACUUGCAAAUAUGGAGACAUUUUGGUAAUCUUUUCUUAUUAAAGAUGUGAAUGUUUAAUGUACUUUCACUCUUUCUACUUUGGUAGUCCAAUGGGAAUUCAGUAAUGACAUUUUGUCAUGUCAAACUGUGAACAUAAAUUUGUACUGUACAGUCCUCAUACUAUAUUUAGUAUAUUUAGUAUACAGUGCAUAUGUAUUAUACUUGUUAAUAAAACUCUCAGAAUGA